GUCGCGGUGCCCCUGCCGCCUCCUGCUCGGAUGCGAGGCGCGGGCGGCGCAACUCUCUGUUAGUUAGUGUCGAUGAUCAAGGCAUGGGGCUCCAAGGUAGCCUCCGCUCGCACCGACUCUAGGGACUGAAGUGAAGGGUUGCGGACACCGGCGCAUGGCCGGUGGUGCGUUUCGGUGCUAGCACUCCAACGACCACCACGUCAACCGCGAGGGGAGGAGGUGGUGAGGCGGAGAGAGACUAGAACAGCAUGGCCAGGCAGCAGCCACGCCGCUCGCCAGAGCGAGUGGCUGUGUGGCUGCUGUUGGGGUUGGGGCUGUGUUUGAGCGUGGGGGUGCUGGGGGCCCCGUCGCAGUGCCCCUCCUACAACGAGAUCAGCCCCUGCAUCUGCAACGUCAAGAAGAAUGGUCUCGACCUGCUGUGCGAGUUCACCGACCUCAGCCACAUCUCCAAGUCCAUGGGCGUGCUGAAGGGCCGCCAAGUCGUCCUCUACUACCUCAAGCUGCGACACAACAACCUGCCCAAGCUGCAGGGAUUCGUAUUUCUCGGGCUGGACAUACGACACCUAACGAUCCACAACAGCACCCUGGCCGUGGUGGAGGAGACGGCGCUGAGCUCGGUGGGCAAAGGCCUGACCCAACUGGACUUUUCGCAGAACUCUCUGCAGCAGGUGCCGACGGCCGCCUUGAAACUGCUGCACAAACUGCUGAUCCUCAACGUGAACCACAACAGGGUGGGUUCGCUGCACGCAAAAGCCUUUGAGGGGUUGGACGCCCUCGAGAUUCUCACCCUCUACGAGAACAGGAUCAGCAACAUUGACGCGGACGCGUUCAAGGGCUUGGAAAAGAAACUGCGCCGAUUGAAUUUGGGAGGCAACGACUUGAACUCGGUGCCCACAGCGGCGCUUUCCAUUCUGGAGAAUUUGCAUAAGCUGGAGCUGCCCGAGAAUAAAAUCACCGAGAUUAAUGAGGGCGACUUCGAAGGUCUUGGUAACCUCGACUCGCUUGUCUUGGCACACAACCACUUGAGGGUAAUCCCAGCCCGAGCAUUUGCCUCCCUUGUCAAGUUGAAUUCCCUCGAGUUGGAUGGAAACGGCAUCAGUCGGCUCGAUGCCGACGCCUUCAUGGGACUCGAAGAGAAUUUGCAGUACCUGCGUCUGGGCGACAACAACAUGCACGAAAUUCCGAGUGAUGCGCUCAGGUCGCUGCACAGACUCAGACACCUGGACCUGCGGUCUAACAACAUCACCGUGGUGGCGGAAGACGCCUUUGUUGGAUUCGGGGACUCCAUCACUUUCCUCAACUUGCAGAAGAACGACAUUAAAACUUUGCCGGCGCUGACUUUUGAGAACUUGAAUUCCCUGGAGCAACUCAACUUGCAACAUAACAAGAUGGAUCGCUUGUCGGAAGAAGUGAUGGAGCCAAUCAUGGACACGCUGAGAAAUUUGGACGUCUCUGACAACCCCUUGGAAUGCACGUGCGAGCUGACGUGGUACAUGGACUGGCUGAGAAGACUCCGCGGCAAGGACGACGAGAUCAUGCAGAAGAAGAAGACCAUGUGCAUCCUGACUCGCGAGCGCCACGAGUACAAUUUGAAAAACCUGCCGCUCGACCGCAUGAAUUGUGUGGGCAAAAAUCUGGAGCGUCUCUCGUCCGGCUCCGAUUCUCUGGGGGCGUUGGCCACCCUCACUUGGGCGGCCACCAUGACCUGUCCCUUAGUUUUCUGAACCAGCUCUCACUAUACAUGUACACACGCUAACCGCAAAACAAAAAACCAAAUCUCUACAAACAUAUCACUGAAAAGACCUUAAUCGCAUAUCAGAAAACUAAAAUACAUAUCAAUGUGUAUGUGGAACGUUUUUUCUCACACACGUCGCAUUUUGGAUGUCUUUUUGAAACAUAUCACUUUCGUCUCGCCCGAGACGACGCUGUUGAACCAAACACGAAAUUAAACUUAAGGAUACAUUUAAUAGAGCAACGUGUAUUGUAAGUUACCAUUGUUCCAUGGCAGAGGAUUUUCUUAUCAUUUUAAAUAAAUUAAAUAUCCAUAAUUUAAUAAUCUAUUUAAGUUCGGCCAGGGCCGAUUUGGCGUGAAUAGGAUUUCAAAAGGUUGGAACACCACUCAAAAGACUUUGAAGUUGCGCGGAAUUGACGAUUGAAAUUUAAUUUAAUUAUCAUUGCCACAAAAGUAAGUUAGUCAUUAUGAUAUAGAAAUAAUUACAAAUAUAGUUUUCGGUGUAGUUUUCAGUGUAGAAAUAAUUGUAGACGUGUGUAGGAAUAGGUGGUAGUUAGUUUGAGUGUAGUUGUUAGUGUGUCUAGCGUUUUGGUGCCGAGGGUUUCUUGACCCUCAAACCAUCGACCACAAUGAAAUACAUAUCCACUGUAAAACUGAUCAAAGCUCGCCUCCUCCGGCCGGUGAAAUCGCGCACCCCGUUUCCACGAGGGUUGAUUUCCUUCCACCUGUCGCGCGCCAAAGUCAGACAAUGGUCGGCCCUUGCGGACGCCAAACGCGCGAUUUCGUCUCAAUGGAGGGAGGAAAAGCACCACAAUUCACUAAUUUGACAUUGAUGCAUAUCCUUUGUGUGAAUAUACGUGUUUAUAUUUACAUUAUACAAUACUCUAUACACGGGAAGUAAUAAUUUUAAGAGCUGCGUACCAUGCGUCUUGAUAUUACACACACAUACUAUGGAAUUAAUCGUGUAUUUUACUUGAGCAAUCAAGAAUUUAUAUCUGUUGUGCGCUUAAAACGAAAUAAAGGUAAUUGUAAAGACUAA